UAUGCAUCAGAGAAAAUUGCCAGUUGUGUUGUACAGUGCAUCACUCACAGCGUUUUCAGUGAGUGGGCAGUUGUAAAUUGCGUUUGCGUGAUAGACACGUUACGUUUUACUAUAUAAAUUUUACCAAUGUAAACUUUGUGAAUGUAAACUUAAAUUUUAAUUACGUAUAUACAAAUUUUCAUUCGCGUAUACACGCGCUUUAUAAGAAUUUGUUUUUCGUGCAUUACAACAAUUUUAUGAAACUCGUAUUUUCUUGAUGUACAAAUAUAAUACACUGAAAUAUAUACUCAAUGUAUAAUUUUUAGUGUCAAUUGAUGUUAAGUGAGUGAACCGUAUAUAGAUAUAUAUAUAUAUAAGUUUUGGUGCGUUGUGAACAAUAUUUACACGCUCUUUUCGGUGCGUGUUUCCGUUAACAUUGGUUUUUUGCUUAUACCAGGAAAAAUAUAUAACCAAGGAUAUCAUACAGUGAAUAAGAGCAACAAAAAAAAAAGUUUUAGCAGUUAAUAUUUUGCAUCAUGCAAGUAUUUAUAUGUAUGCCUUAAGUUUCACAUCUGCUGCAAAAUGCCAGCAAAACAAAGGAAAAUAGCCAUUAUGGGUUAUAGAUCUGUAGGAAAAUCUUCACUUAGUAUACAAUUUGUCGAGGGACAGUUUGUGGACUCAUACGAUCCCACUAUUGAAAACACUUUUACAAAGACAACACGUGUCAAUAGUCAAGAUUAUGAAGUUAAACUGGUCGAUACAGCCGGUCAAGAUGAAUACAGUAUAUUUCCCACUCAGUACUCGAUGGAUAUUCAUGGCUACGUCCUAGUAUAUAGUAUAACUAGUGCAAAAAGUUUUGAAGUUGUGCAAAUCAUUUAUGAUAAAUUACUAGAUAUUACAGGCAAAGUCCAUGUACCUAUUGUCUUGGUAGGAAACAAGACUGAUCUUUAUGUAGAUCGAAUGGUCACUACUGAACAAGGGAAACGCUUAGCCGAUUCGUGGCGUGCUGUCUUUCUUGAAACUAGUGCUAAACAAAAUGAGUCUGUUGCUGAUAUAUUUCACACUCUGUUGACAGAAAUUGAAAAAGCAGAUGGCAAUGUCCAAGAGACAAAAAAUUGCGUUAUUUCAUAAAUUAACAAAAAAAAAAAAAAAUAAUAAUAACAAAUAUUUAAAAUAAAAAAAAAAUGCAAUUUAUCUUAUUUCCUGUUUACAAAAAAGUCAUUUUUGAGAAGCAAGAAACUUUUUUUAAAUCUUUUUUCUCAAUAUUUUCAAAAAGGUGCAUAACAAUUAAAAUAUGUAAUAUCCAAAAGUGACAGUUUGUGAAUAAUUUAUAUUUUAUACAUAUUAUUAUAAAUCACCUUAUUUGUAAAAGAAACCGUGAUUGAAAUUAAUUUUUAAAAAAUUUGAUUUUUUGAUUACUUUAAUAUUUUAUUGAGAUUUUUCAUUUUUUUUUUGUCUUUUUACUUUACUACAAUUAUUUCAAUUUGAGGUUUUUUUUAAUAUAAAGUCCAUAUCAAAACGACUUACAAAAAAAUUGGUAAAUUUAAACAAUUUUUAUUUUUAAAAAAUAUAUUAUAAAAUAAAUAAAAAAAUUUUUUUUAUAUAUCUUUUUAAAAAUAUAACGUGUAACAUUUUUUUUUUAUUAUAUAUUUUUAAUAUUAUGUAAGUAAUGGUAUAAUGCGCACUAAGGAAAAAUAAAACUACAUCUGUUAAACUGGUCAUUUUGAAGUGGACUUAUUCGUAUUGUAUAUUUGAGUAUUUUUACAGGAGACAUUUAAAACGCAUUGCGUAACUUUUAAUGUGACGCGCAUCAUUUUAAAUAUUCUCUAUCACACGGUAUGCUGUAUGUACACUGUAUGCAAUGAAAAACUGUAAAUACAAAAAAGAUUUUGACGUCAGAUGAACGUCAGGAUAUAUAAAAAAAAGAAUCAUAAAAUAAAAAAAAAGAUUUAAGUUGAAACUUGUCUAUUUUUUCAGAAAAAAGGAAAACGGAUUUAGAUAAUAUUUCCCUCGAAAAAAAAGAAUCUAACAAAUUAUAAUAAAAAUUCAUAGAAGGAUUUUAAUAAUUCAGGUAAAGGACUUUAUUAUGGAUAAAGAAAAAUUAUUUUUUUUUUUAUCUGAACAUGAAAGAUACCAUUUAUUUAUCAUCUUUUUGGGACAAACAAGUUUACAGGAAAAGGACACUUUGAAUAAAACGCAACUGCCAAUCAUUUUUAGCAGGUUCAAAGAUAUACAUAAAAUUGGAUUGUUAAAAUGUAAUCGUCAUCACCCAUGUUUUUUUUUUGUUUUUAUUUUUUUUUUUUUAUGUUAUCUGUCGUCUAAACGACACAAUUAUUAUUAUUAUUUCACAGCGGUACAAACGAUCAUAAUUGGAAAUAGAAACACUUCAAAAUUUAAGAAUAGUACUCACAAAAGUACAUUUGCUUGGUUUUUACUUCCCCCCUCACAAUGUACUAAACUUAUUAUUGGUUAUUAACGAUUAUAAGCACCUCGAAGUCUGAACGAAAAGCGUUUUAUUAUUAUAUAUUAUAAUAAUAAUCUUCGAAGAAAUUUCAAACAUAAAAUUAUCACUCGAUUAAAAUUCGACAAUGAUCACAUGAUAAACUAUAUAUAUAUAUAUUAUAGUAAAGAUACAAACAGGAGAUUUUACAGGCAAAUAUCGUUAAGCUCAAAAAUGUUUACUUAACUCUACUCUUUGUCGAGCGUCUUAAUUUUUAAUUAAAUUUUUAUUUUAUCUUCAUUUUUUUUAUAUAAUUAUAUUUAUAUAACGCUCGUCGAAAAUUUGAAUUGCUCGUUAUUUCAUUUAUUUUUCAUCUCCCAUAAAAUUGACAUUGAACAAUUGGCAAGCAACUAGGAUAUAUUUUUUUUUUUACAUAACGAAAAAGCAAUGCCUAAAUGUGCAAAUUUAUCUUAUCACGCACAGAAUUGAAAAAAGAAUUUUUUUUUCUCUUAAAACAAAAAUCACAAGAAUAAGGUACAUUAUACAAUAUGAGAGUAGAUCAAAUUUUGUUGGGCAGGGCUAAUCACAAUAUUUUUUAAAAAAGACUCUUUCUCUUUUUUUUUUUUUUUUUUUUUUGAUUGCUUAUAUAAUUUUCAAAACAGUUGAUAAUUCACAAGUUCAUUCUAAUUCAUUAUCUUUUUUUUUUUUUCUUUGAGAAGCUGAAAUCUCUAUCACAAUAAACUUUCGUAGUUUGUAUGUAUAUAUAUAAUAUUAAAAAUUGAAAGUGAUUUCUAGUUUCCAGAAAAACACUUAUUAAAUAGAUAUUUUCAAGUCUAUUAUGAUUUCAAGCAAGUGGACUAUCCUUGCAAGAAUUAUAAUUAAUUAUGCGAAAUAAUUUAUACAAAAAAAAAGUCGAACAUACAUUAAAAAUAAAAUUUAAAAUAAUAAUUUGAUCAAAAUAAUAAUACAAUUUCAUAUUAUAUAUUGACGAUAAGAAAUUAAUCACAAAAGAAGAAAAAUCACUUGACAAUUCUUGAUUUUUUUUCUUCUUUUUUUUUUCGUUUUCAAUGAUCGAAGAAAGAAAAUGAGACUUUCUUCGUAAAUAUCAGUCAUAUCCGAGCUCAGCAGUGAUUAGCCUCGCGAUUCAUAAUACAAUAGUAGUGCACAUCGUCAAUAAUUGAUUCUACAUUAUAAAAAGCGAAUUUUUCAUAUUUAUUUAUUUUUUUUUUUGUUUGUUUACUUAUUGAGCAAGUGUCUAAACGCUUUUCCUUUUUUUUUUUUUUGUCUAACUAGCGGACUAAGAGUAAAGCUACGCAAUAAUAUUACAUUUAAAAACGCCUCUGCGUCCUGCUUCGAAAGCGCUGUCGCGUCGUUUAUUACUAUUAUUAUUAUUACUUUUUAAUAAUUCUAAAGAGUUUUUCCACUAUAAAUUCGUUUAUUACACAUUAUUACGGAUAGUAUAGCAGUGACACGGCAUAGUUUUACAAAGAUUAACGAUUAUUAUUAUUAUUAUUAUUUCCCAUCAUCAGAAGAAAAUCGUACAAACAUCACGUGAAUAUUUUAUUAUGAAAUAUAAUAAUUGAUAAAAAGGCACACUCAAUAAAGAAGAUUUAUGAGGGGUCGUCAAUUCAAUAUUGAUAUCAAAGAAAAAAUUCAAAUACUCCAAAAAUUGAUUUUUUUUCAAAGAAAUUAAAUUAAUUAAUAAUAAUUGAAUAUUAGUAAUUUAAUAAUAGUCGAGUAAUUCAAUUUUGUAUUCUAUUCAAGUUGUUGAAUUUAUCAAUUUAAUGUAAUUAAUAUCUCAAAUGUACGAAUUUUUUUCAAAAUAAAAAUAAAAUUUUUCCAAAUUUAUCAAUAUUGAAAAGAAGAAGUGAAAAUUAGAAUUCUUCAAAAAAUCAAGUCAUUUAAAAACAAUAAAUGCAAUAACUCGAUUUUCGGUCAUAAAAGAAAAUUAAAUAGUAAAUAAAAUUUAUUUCGUAUUUUUCCAUUAAUUUUUUUUUUCAAAAUUUUGUUUAAAUAAAAAAAAAGUGUUUUUAAAUUUAAUAGAAAAUUUUUCGAAUUUUUUCUUUGAUUUUCAAAAAAGAUGUUUUUUUUCUCUUAUAUUAAAAAGACGUUCGCUUCGAAGCAGUCACAGCAGUGUGCGACGAGAAACGACGAAAUAAAUAAUCGUCGUGUUCGAAUUUUACAGUCGGCGUUGAAUUUUUACAGCCUUCAAAAAAGCUUGUACACAUAUAUAAUAGUAAAAUAAUAUAUAAUCAUAAUAUUAAUUAAUACAAUAUAUCGUUAUUUGGAGCCCAUGGGCGCAGUAGGUACAGCGUUAUUUUUUUUUUAUUUGUUGACAAUUAUAACGGACUCUAAUUAAUAUAUAAUUAAUUAUAUUUAUAAUUAUAAGGUACAAUAUGUGCACGGUGGUCGUUGUGUGACAAUGUGUGUAUGUGUGUGAGAGAGACGUGAGUGUCGUCGCGCUCUGAAGAUAUAAUAAAUGCGCUUCUAUCGAGAAUAAGUCACUUCCUUUACAUAUAUUUUUUUUUAGAAAAUCUUUUUCUUUUUUUUUUUUUUUUAAAUACAUAAUACAUGAAAUUCAUAUGGAUAGUGACUUGUUCACGACUUGAUGCGCAUCGAGUAUAUAAAGGUUUUCUACCACAGCCCAUUUAAUGAUAUAUAUCAUUUACACAUAUAUAUAUUAAUAUUAUUAUCGUUACGGUGAUAUAUUAUUCUUUUUUUUUUUAAUAAUUAGUAGAUACGUAUAUAUAACAUAACGGAAAAUAUAAAAAAAAGACCUUUUACUAAACUUGUGUCAUUUGUCAGCCCCGAAAUAUUUACUAAUCUAUCUUUGUCUCCUAUCGAGAAGCACGUUCUUUAAACUCUCAAUCUAUUCAAAAAAAAAAAGAAAUAAUUUACAGUGUAAAAAAAGAAGCUCAAAAAGUGCCGAUAUGUUUUUAUAAUGGAAAAAUAAUCACAUGAGAAAUUGUCAAAUUUUUGUUUUUUUUUUUUCGUCAAAAAAUUUAACUUCCCCCCCCCCCCCCCCUUUGAGUUUAAAACGUGCUCACGAAGGAAAUUGCUACUACUCGGAAAGACAAGCGGCAAAAUACUGAUUAUAUCAGAGAAGAAUUCACUGUAUUAGAAGCACGACGUGAAGUUUAACAAAUUUCUAUCUAAUCUAUAAAUUGUCACGUCAACUAGUGGAAGUUAAAUAUUGCACUAUCUGAAAAAUAAAGAAUAUAAAGCUACGAGAAAAAAAAAACCCUCAAAAGGAAGACGGAGAAGAGGCGACGACACUUCUCCGAAUAUUUUCAAUUUUUUUUCCUUCUUUUUUUUGUUUUUUUUUUUUGUUUGUUAUACUUAAUAUAUAUCGAUUAGGCUUCGAACAAACUUUUAAUAAAAUAUAUCAAUCACAAAAAUGUCUAAUUAUUCUUUAAAUACAAAUUGUGUAAAAAUUCGACGGACUUUGCGCGCACCGUCCUUUUUUUGUGUGGAGAGUCACAAAAAAAUUUUUUUAAGCCAUUUAGACCUUAUAUAACUAAGAAAAAAAGUAGCAUUUUCAAAAGCAAAAAAAAAUAAA